UUCAACUGUAUAAAUACCGAGGAAGUAGCUCACUUUAGCUUUAGUUGCAGCCAUGGCCAGCCACGCAGCUCUAGCUUCUUCAAGGAUACCAACCAGCACAAGGCUUCCUUCCAAGAGCUCCAAUUCUUUCCCUACCCAAUGCUCUGCUAAGAGGCUGGAAGUGGCUGAGUUUUCUGGGCUUAGAGCCAGUAGCUGUGUGACCUACGCCAAGAAUGCUAGAGAGGCAUCCUUCUUUGAUGUCGUGGCUACCCAACUUACUCCCAAGACAACAGGAUCAGCCCCAGUCAGGGGAGAAACGGUGGCGAAACUGAAGGUGGCAAUCAAUGGAUUUGGACGCAUUGGCAGGAACUUCCUCCGAUGCUGGCAUGGCCGCAAAAAUUCACCCCUAGAUGUCAUCGUUGUCAACGACAGUGGUGGUGUCAAGAAUGCUUCACACCUGCUAAAAUAUGAUUCUAUGCUGGGAACUUUCAAAGCAGAUGUGAAAAUACUAGACAAUGAAACCAUCACCGUUGAUGGUAAGCCCAUCAAGGUUGUUUCUAGCAGGGACCCUCUCAAGCUCCCUUGGGCUGAGCUUGGCAUCGACAUUGUUAUUGAGGGUACAGGAGUGUUUGUAGACGGCCCCGGUGCUGGGAAACACAUCCAAGCUGGUGCCAAGAAAGUCAUCAUCACUGCUCCUGCAAAAGGUGCAGACAUUCCAACCUAUGUUCUUGGGGUAAAUGAAAAGGAUUACGGCCACGAGGUUGCUAACAUUGUAAGCAAUGCUUCUUGCACCACAAACUGUCUGGCUCCUUUUGUGAAGGUCAUCGACGAAGAAUUCGGCAUUGUCAAGGGGACCAUGACAACUACUCAUUCUUACACAGGAGACCAGAGGCUCUUGGAUGCUUCACACCGGGACUUGAGGCGAGCCAGGGCUGCAGCACUGAACAUAGUCCCAACAAGCACUGGUGCAGCCAAGGCCGUGUCUUUGGUGCUACCCCAGCUCAAGGGCAAGCUCAAUGGCAUUGCACUCCGUGUGCCUACACCUAACGUGUCAGUUGUUGACCUUGUUGUGAACGUUGCGAAGAAGGGUAUUUCAGCUGAAGAUGUCAAUGCAGCCUUCAGAAAAGCAGCUGACGGGCCUCUGAAGGGCAUUUUGGCUGUGUGUGAUGUCCCUCUUGUUUCAGUUGACUUCCGGUGCACUGAUGUUUCUUCCACCAUUGACUCUUCAUUAACCAUGGUCAUGGGCGAUGACAUGCUCAAGGUGGUUGCUUGGUAUGACAAUGAAUGGGGAUACAGCCAAAGGGUUGUUGAUUUGGCUCAUUUGGUAGCAAGCAAAUGGCCAGGUUCACCUGCAGCAGGAAGCGGAGACCCAUUAGAGGACUUCUGCGAGACAAACCCAUCUGAUGAAGAAUGCAAAGUUUAUGAAGCUUAGAUGAUUACGUACAUAUUUUUGGCUGAUUGUCUAGGGCCAAUGUUUUUCAGUGUUCAUUAUCACCAAAUGUUUAUGUUGUAAUGAAGGUUGAGGGAGAGGAACAAUUUUAUCACAUGCAUCAAGUUCUUCGUCUGA